AUGGGUAUUUUAAACCAUAAAGCAAGAUUUGAAACACCAGAUGACUUAUGUGAUUUAAUAAAAAGCGCAAGAGCUAAACCUUCUCCAUUUGAACUAUUUCAAAUUAAUCAAACAAACCAGUACAUUUUUCAGCAGUGGACGAACCACUUGAGUAAAUAUUACAAAAAGAAAUGUCCUUUUCCAAUUCGUCCAAUUAGAGAAUUGGAAUUAACCAAGGAACAUCCGCGUUUGAUUAAAUAUAGGGAUUCUUAUAAUGGUCAUUGGGUGAGCGGAGUUGUAAAAAAUAAGAUUAUGAAGAGAGCAGCGCCCGGGGCAAAACUCUUAAAGGAUAAUGAGUUUGUUUUUGCUCCUUCUAGUUAUGAAGGAAUAUUGAACAUAUCUGCAGAAAAGGUUUUAGAUCUCCAAUGCCUGAAACGAUUUUGUGGUCCAAAGGCUCAAGAAUAUUUUUCUUCUCUUCCACACACCUGA